CCGCCCAGGAGAACGAAGAAAAAGACGCGGCCACGGAGGAGCAGCAUCUUUCAUCAGCGAAGAGGAAUAGACAGGCUCUGCGUGUUUCCGUCAAUUAAAAGUGACUCCAGCCGAAGUGACAGCCUGUUUUUGUGUAUUGGUUCGGGUUUCUGUGCUGCUGGGUUGCAUCAGGGAAACUUUGAGCGCGCGCGAUGGCUGAGAAGAUAGACAUGGAGGACAGGAAGCCAUCGAACGGCGAGCCGCUGACCAACGGACUGAGCAGCCCGAAGGAGAGCGAGCCGGAGCCGCUGGCCCAGCGGGUCAAGCGGAUCGUGAUGGCCAACCUCCUGGUCAUCCUCACCGUGGCCGGGGUCCUCAUCGGGGUGUUCAUCGGACUCGGCGUGCGAAACGUGGAGCUCAGCCGGACCCAGAUCAUCUACAUCGGCUUCCCCGGGGAGCUGCUCAUCCGGCUGCUGAAGAUGAUCAUCAUCCCGCUGGUGGUGUGCAGCCUGGUGUCCGGGUCGGCCAGCCUCGACCCCAAAGCGCUGGGCAAGCUCGGCGGCUGGGCGAUGCUCUUCUUCCUCGUCACCACCUUGAUCGCCUCGGCCAUCGGGGUGAUCAUGGCGUUCAUCAUCAGCCCCGGUUCGGUGACCACGGUGAAACCGAAGGUGCAGGGCUUGGGCGACGAUGUGCCGGCGGCUAAAGAGGUGAUCGACUCCUUCCUGGAUCUCGUCAGAAACAUCUUUCCCUCCAACCUGGUGUCUGCCGCCUUUCAAUCAUAUGCGACCAGCUACAAGAUGGUUACCAGGAAUGGCACUGAUGGAAACCCCAACAUCACAGUGGAGAAGGUGCCCAUUGGAACCGACCAGGAUGGGAUGAAUAUUCUUGGUCUGGUGGUGUUUGCCAUUGUGUUUGGCGUGGCUUUGAGGAAGCUGGGAGAGGAAGGAGAGAUCCUCAUCAAGUUCUUCAACUCCUUCAACGAGGCCACCAUGGUGCUCGUCUCCUGGAUCAUGUGGUAUGCUCCCAUCGGUAUCAUGUUCCUCGUUGCUGGCAAGAUCGUCGAGAUGGAGGACGUUGGCACGCUGUUUGCCAGUCUAGGAAAAUAUAUUGCCUGCUGCAUUGUGGGGCAUUCCAUCCAUGGCUUACUUGUCCUGCCCGCCAUCUACUUCGUCAUUACAAGGAAGAACCCAUACACCUUCCUGUGGGGGAUAUUCACAGCGCUGGCGACAGCCUUUGGAACGAGCUCCAGCUCUGCUACUCUUCCCCUGAUGAUGAAGUGUGUAGAGGAAAAUAAUGGCGUCUCCAAGCACAUCAGUCGCUUCAUCCUGCCCAUCGGAGCGACCGUCAACAUGGACGGCGCUGCUCUCUUCCAGUGUGUGGCCGCAGUUUUCAUCGCUCAGCUGAACAACGUUUCCCUCAACUUCAUCCAGGUCAUCACCAUCCUUGUGACAGCGACAGCGUCCAGUGUCGGGGCAGCGGGUAUACCUGCCGGGGGUGUGUUGACCCUAGCUAUCAUCCUGGAAGCAGUGGGCCUUCCGACCCAUGACAUCUCUCUCAUCCUGGCGGUUGACUGGCUCGUGGACCGAACCUGCACGGUGCUGAAUGUGGAAGGCGAUGCUUUCGGAGCCGGUCUCCUGCAAAACUUCGUCGACCGCACAGCCAAACGAGAGGAGGGCAACGAGCUGAGCGAGGUCAGGAUGGAAUGCGAACCGUCGGCCGCCGCACCCGAACACUCGCCGCUCAUUGAAAAACCAGACGGGGGAUACGUUGAGAAGCGACCGCUGUCUACUGAAAAAGAGUCGGCCAUGUAAAACCAGCUGCUGAUAUCACCGAAGAAACCCCUCAAUUAUGAAACACUCCUGAAAGAUGCAACCUGAGUUUUUUUUUUUCGAUUUUUAUUUUAUUAUAUUGUGUACCUCCUGCCCCGAGGGAAGGAGUGCACACAGAGAGGAGGAACAUGCACGGCGCUAUGCAAACAAGAGCUCUCUGUCCCCAACGCUUCUCUGUGGAGGCCGGCUUUUUGAGAAGCGCCGAAGAGGGAACAGCAAAAGCGAUUUUCUGGACAAUGACUUUGGUUUUCACUUUGAGGGACAUUGAUGUACAUUGUCAGGCUGCUGUAUUCACUCACACUGAUGUUGCAUUCACUUGGUCCUCGUCAAUUUUAAAGUCAGAAUUAUAUUCAGUCUAUUAGUCCGUUAUCAUGUGACCAGUGACGCCCUGCAAAGAUGUAGAAGCUAAUGUCCGAUCUACUGUUACAUUCAUAGGGAAUAUUAAAAUCAUUUAUGAUGUUAUAAUGGACAUUACAUUGAUGCAGGCUUAUUGUUGCAGCUUUAUCACAUCUUAUUUACUGCAUUGAGGAAAUGCUGUUAAUCACAACUCUAUUUAUGACUAGUCACCUUUUCAAUAUCAACUUCUUGGUGGAAAUCUUCAAGAAUUCUGACGGUAAAUUUGAUGAGGACGACUGUACAGUUUGCUGGACCUAGUCUGCAUUAGCAAGACACUUCAUAUAACUUAUCUGAUGUCCUUAGCCUUCAGUGCGCGUGUGUGUGUGUGUGUGUGUCUGUCUGUGUGUGUGAAAAUAUCCAGUAAGGCUUGUAUAUGUUUCAAACUAUCAUUAUACUGUAUCUUUGGAAUAUAAACAUACCUUGUGCAUUUUAUUAAUAACUAUUGAAGCCAUUUUCCUGAAAGUUUUUUACUAAUGCUCUAUUUAAACCAUAGCUCUUACAUCUGAUUUGACAAAAGCAAACUGAACAUUAGUUUAUAGUCUGCAGGUAAAUGGCUGUGAUAUUUACGACAAGCACAAAUAUAUGUUUUUAUUUUAUUUUAAAAAAAGUUUUAAUUUGGUUCAAGGCUUUUUAUUAGCUUAUUAUCGUGACUUUGCUUGUUUCGGGCCAAUUGUUGUGUACAACAAAGAGCACUACACUUGUAAAGCCUGUUUUUAAGAUUAUAUUUAUACUGCGACACACACCAAAUGAAAUAAUAACCUCAGUCACAGCCCAGGGAUGAAUGAAGGACCAGUUGGUCAAUGCACAUGGACACGCGCACACACACACACACACACAUACACCCUGACCGCAGAAGAACAUCAGUGACUUCAUGACCUCAGGAUCACUCUCUUGAUUGGAGACCUUCCUUCAGCUGCAUCUUUACGCCCCAAGGAACCAAAUAUCGUCCAGAUUCACUGACGGAGCGAGGCUGUUGAACUCCUCAUGACAUUUUGUACAAGUAAAAAGUGAGAUGUGACGACACGGUUUAAAAGCAACAACUCUUCCAAAGCAAGGAUGUCAGUGGCUGAAGUGAAAGACUGAUCAUGUCUUGAUAUCAACCUGUUAUUGUUUUGGCUGUAAGGGUCUUAAAUGUUUGAUAAUCAUAUUUAUUUCUCUCAUCAAAUUCCAAAGAGGGCAGUGUUUUGACAUGAUGGUUACUCAAAUUGGUAUUGUUUGCUAGUCAUCGAGUCUAACUGGUUAGUGGUAUUUUUUAUUUUUGUUCAUUGUUGUCAUAUUUUCUACUUGUGGGUGAACGUCUAGACUGUGUGUGCACACGGUGGCUUCCAUGUGGGGAUUUUACUUUUGCAGUUUGUCAGUGGGAGAAAGUGUCAUGUGUUGGUGAGUGAAAAAACUGUAAAAUUGCUCUAGUAAAUGCUUAUCGCUUCCAUCCAAAUCCUCUUUAACUGUUUAGAAUGAUGGUCCUAAGUAAUAGGUGCUAAGUGUAUGAGGUACUAGUUUGGUGGUUUUAACCAAAAUGGUAAUCCGUAAAUUCAUCACAAACCUAAGUUAGGUCUUAUUUCUAGAGUAUUGUUGGUCAUCAGUGCUAAAAUGUGAAGCAUUGCCCCAAAGCAUAGCUGUGUUGGGGCAGGGUGGUGAAGAUGUUAUCAUUCCUUUCUGAGAUAUUUAACCCUAUGGACGUCUGACUCUCUCAUGUUGUGUGUGUCUGUGUGUGGUAGUUGAUAAUGAUUUUCUUACAGUGGGGCUAUGUUUCAAAUAAAGCUACAUUCUGAAUGUACUGGCUGUAGGUUUCAAAACAAUAAAGGCCUUUUUUUUUUACCUCC